AUGGCUGCUCAGGUAUCCCAAACGCUGGCCCCAAUCGGCACGGGCACACAGAUCACAGUGGCAGGCUCACACAGCGUCGAGCGGACCCCCGAGCUCGCGGAUGUGACGAUCCGCGUGGCGGCCGACGGGACCGACAAGGCCAAGGUGCUCAAGGUGUUCAAGGCCUCGGCCAACGACGUCGCGGGGAUGAUUUCGCGCAUCGCGCCAGCGAAGCAAAGUGGCGGAGGGGCCGCCGUGCACGCCGAGUGGCCGGUCUGCGACGCGUCCAAGCCCGUCGUGCGGUGGCACACGGGGCGGCUGGCGACAUGGUGGUGGGGGCCAGAGGCAACCCGGUACCGCGCGGAGCAGGACUACACAGUCACGGUCCACGACUUCUCCGCACUCGAAGUGUUCGUCAGCACCGUAGCGAUGGAGAAGAACGUGGACUUCAGCAACAUCACCUGGCGGGUGUCCCUCCCGACCCGCGACGCCCUCGAGGCCGAAGUGUACGGCGGCGCGGUUCUCGACGCCAAGCGCCGGGCGCUCAUCUUACUCGCACCCAUAAUGGACGCGCCGAGCCUCACGCCCCUCGAGAUUGUGGAGAAGGCCGCCGAUAUCAACGUUUCGCUUCCUCGGCGUAUGGGGCGCAGCGGUGGGUCGAUAGGAGAGGACCCGCUUAUCCGCUUUGAGCCUGCACCUAUUAGGCACACGGUCAAGGUGGACACAAAGUGGGCUGUGGUCAACUAG